UGAAACUGAAAGUAUCGACUUGUCUUUAGCUUGUGUAGCCUUAUGAAAACAGUUCACUUGUACAAUGGCUUCCAACAUUGUUGCUGAGUCUGAUGAUGAGCAGAAGUCAUCCACGUACGAGGACAGGGACCGUGAAGACAGCAGUCAGAGCCUGUCUGAUACGGGUGAUGAUUUAUCUGAUUCAGAGAGCGACAGUGACGAAGAACAAGGAGCUAGUGCUGUUAAGCAAAAGCCAUGCAGGUACUACAAUUCCGGUAAAUGCAAAUAUGGAAAGAAGUGCAAAUAUCUGCAUGUUUGCAAGUACCACUUCAAAGGGAAGUGCAAGAAGGGAUCAAAUUGUCCUCGAAGACACCCUGCUGCCUCCCAGAGUGACUCGUCAUCUGAUGAGGAUGACAGAGGGGGAAGAAGAACAGCUACCCCGACAGAGACACAUGAUAAGCCUUAUCAGUGGCAAUUAAACAGUGGAGAGAGCUGGAGGGAUAUAGCAAACGACCAUGUUCUAGAAGCCCAGUACUCACUGCCUGGGGCCAGAGGCAUCAAAAUCUACAACACAGUUUAUGGGGCGAUUGUUAUUGAUUUUAACAAAAUGAAGAUCCGUAAAAAAAAAAUAAGAGUACAACGCAAGAGUUUUGACGAUUGUGGACAGGAAACUGAAUGGCUGUGGUAUUACCAUGGAAACAAUGGCUGGAUUGAGUAUGGACAAAAGGAUUCCAAAGGCAGCGCUACAUCUUUGAAAAGUUGUGACAUUGAAAAGGAGUACCAGAAGAAACCAAAGAAUUUCCCCAAGUUUACUGCUGGGCAGACGCAGUAUGAAAUAAACUUUAAAGAAAUGCAGCAGAUCAAUCUAGCAUCAGGCCAUAAGAGGAGAGUAGUUCGCCGUCCAAAAUUUACAGCUCUGCAAGUGAAAACAGGAAAAACAAACCUGACUUCAUCUUCCCAACAACAACACGUUUCCCCCGGGGGUACAAAGCCAGUCUGGCAGUUUGAGGGAGACAGUGGAAAGUGGUAUGAAUUCAAGUACAGGUUUGCUACUGACACAGAAUCUUCAGUCUCAAGCAAAGAGAUUGAAGCAAAAUACCAAGCAAACCCAGCAGGCUCCAUGACAUUCAAGGCUGGCAAAUACCAGUACAUGCUGAACUUCUCAGAUAUGACUCAAACCAAUCUUGCUUCGAAUAAGAUACGCAGAAUACAGCGGACGAUGGUUUAAUGGAAGACAAAAGCUAUGAUCAAGAUGUAUCCCAAGACCCUGCUGCCUUCAAAUUGAUUGUCACAUUUAUACUUACUGACCACCCUUUCCUAGCUUCCUUUGUAUACGGUGCUAUUUACUGUAUACUGUAUAUAACAAGCAGUUUGCAUUUAAUUCCGUGAAGGUAAGUUUGGUUGUGUUUUGGUUGCCAUAACAACAGAUGUCCUACAAAGUAAUUUGUUCCCAAAAAUGUAUGAAAUGCCUUAAAUGACCUCACUGUAAACAGUUUAAUCAAAGAAUAAUCUUAUUUCAUCCAGUAAGCAGUCACUCAACCAAAUUCCACAUUGUUUCCUGGACAAAUGUACGAAAACAAAAGUACAAAUUGACAGACAAAGAGGGUGUGGUUACUUGAAAGCGUGUGUAUAUAUUUUCCUUAAAUAUUUGAAAAGCCACAUGAACAUGACUAUACAGAAAGCAGGGUAGCAACAAGAUUGUAUUUUCUGAAAUGUGGGUCGAUCCUCAUCUUGUUUAAAUGGUUUUAACAUUCAUAUCAAUGCAUAAACUGGUUCCAACGAACCGCAAACACAAAACCAAUCAUUAAAUAUGAAAUUGUUGUAAAAAGUUACUCCUAUACAUGUCAAGUGUAAAGUGCAAUAGCAUAACUAUGUGAGCUCCUUUGUAUGCUGAACUUUAAAUGAAAUUAUUGCACUCCCAAACUCAUAUCUCUUGGGUGAUAGUUAACCAGUUUAUAUAUAUUUUUCUCAUGGGACAGAAAAAAGGCAAGCACAUCAUUCUGUAUUGCCUCACUUAAACAGUGCCCAACUUCCUGAAAAUGUUGUGUAGUGAUUUUUAUAUAGAUUGUAUAUAUUAUAUAUUUCUGUUAUGUGGAAUGUAAUAAACGAGAACCCAAACCGGUGAGUUUUUUUUCCCCCCUUCACUUUACAAUGCCAUUUCCACGUUUGUUUUAUUUGAAGUGUUUAAAGUUAAAUUUCAGUUUUCAUUUGCUUGUUCAGCUACAAAAAGGCACAAGUAAACCUCAUGUUAUUACUUUAUGAAAACGUGUCUAUGGCCACUGUUUACGAAACGACAAUGGCAAGGAAUGAAAAAAAUAAUAAAUAAAUAAAUGCAGUGUCAAUGUUAUGUACUAUUUAUUUCAGGAAUAAACAAAACAAUGUUUAACUUGAACUGCUAUUUGGCAUCCUUUGUUUUGUAGUUAAUUCACUGGGGUAAAGUAAGUCCUACACAACGUAUUCUUUACUCCUGGGAUAUUUUUCUAUUUUAACAUGUUACUUAUUGUAAGCUUGCUGUAAAAUGAAGGCACACACACAGGGGACACGGCCACACCCCCUGCCCCUGCUGCUAUGCUGCCUCUGCCUGCAUUCAGAGCAAUAUAAUGGCUUUUAUUACUUUUUAAAAACGAAUGGAUAUCCAAAUGAAUAUUUAAAGUAUGAGUGAAUAUCCAAACAUGAAAAUCCUGUGUUUGUCUUUGCACAUAUAAUAGUUGUAUUAGACAUAUUUCUAAUUAUUUGCCUUGUAUUCUGACCUGUAAUCUCUAGGUACAACUACCCAUGUACUUGUUAUGAUGUUAAGAGGUGGUUCAGUUCAAAGUGAUGUUUAUUCACAAGAAUUAAAAAAACGUUUUGGUCAUGUUCACAAAGCCUUUACUGCAGUGCUAAGUUUGCAGCAUUUUUUGAAAAAGCAAAAAAAAAAAAAAAAAAAGCAAAAAAAGAAUGUGCAAUAGAAUAAUAAUUUAGCAUUGCAGUAAAUGCAUUGUGAAUAUACACUCACUCAUCAUUGGUGUUGUAGAUCAAUGAAAUUGCAUUAUUCACUGCCAGGACAUCUCAUUAUAUUCAAAUAUAAGACUGUAUCAAUUAGUGCAACUUCAAAACGUGGCAUUGCCAACAAACGCAGAAAAUAAAUGUUUAAAUCCUGAACUGGAAAGUCAAUGUGCAAUAAAAGAGUGUUACAAAUGUUUACAUAAAAAGUCACUACACACUGCCUAUAACUGAAUGACCUCUUAAGUUGUUCAGUAUUUAAAUAUUGUAUUUGUGAUUUAAUAAUCUACACGUUAAACAGCUCUGUUCAAAACCCAAUUGGCCCUUUUCUUGAUUAAAUCAAGUUUUCCUCCCUGGUAAAUGAAUGUGCAGUCUGUGGUUAAUCAAAAUGUGUAGUCUUCACCAGAGAAUACAGUGUUCUGUGAUCAUUAUCCUACUAAAAAAAGAAAACAAAAUGUUUUCAUGAGUGUCUUUUAAGAUUAUAAUGGAAAUAAAAUCCUCCACGGUCCACCAUUUAUUUGAAGUGAAUUAACUUUGCCUUUGACUAGGCUAGGGACACUGACUUACCACUGCAGUCAACCGGCAGAUUCUUGCCAAUUGUGUCAUCCCUAUUGUGUCAGCAACAUGAUUUGCAAUGUUAAACCUUUAUACUGCACUUGAAUUCUAUCUGAAAUUAUAGUAACCUAAAUUCUUUAAAUGCUUUAUAUUUAAAUUCAUCUCUGUAUACUUGAAAAUAAACUGUAACAUUGACGUUU